UAUAGGCAAUAUAUAUUACACAAACUAGGUCACCUAAUUAUUAUUUAAAAAUAGACUCGUAUACAAUAAGUAAACAAUUAUCUAUUAUUUUUCAGCUACACAAACCACUCUCACAAAAUGCUAUGUAAACUUUUCUACGAACAAGAGAAAAUUCAAACUGUUUACAUUGAUCACAUAAAUAAAGAUAGAAGUAGUACCUGCUAAAAAAAUUUUUGUAAAGCCUAUGAGCCAUGAGGCAUCAUCAUUGUUCUGUGCCUUUUGUGUCAACAAAACCGUUGACUGACCGUUGACACACUUUCGGAAAACGUAUACGUCAAAGUCAAAUUUAAACAUAAACUGUUACAAAAAUACAAAAUACGCAAUAAAUAAAAAUAAUAAGCCAACAGGAAAAAACUGAAAAUCCAGCAAAAUGUGCGUUAAAAAAGAUAGAGAAAAAACUAAGCAAUCACUUAAAAAAGAAAUUUGCGACAUAUUUUCAGAUUGCCAACGCACUACUGCAGUACAUCAAAGAAAUGCUAUCAUUUUAAAAAAAGUAUAUGAAAAUGCCAAGCUGGAAGAAUUUUGGGGGCAUUUGAAGGACAUACUUUCCUUUAUUCUUGUUAAUGAAAACAAUGCUCUUAGUGAAAAAAUAUUAAACUUCUUUGGGAUUUUUUGUGCUUUGCUGAAGACGAAUCCAGUACAAGAAAGUGAAAAUUCAGAUGAUAGUACUGAAUAUUGUGAAAAUCCACUCUUAAUGAGCAUUUUAUUCUAUGCGUUAAAGGCUUCAAAAUCAAGUCAAGAUAUUAUUCGAAUUAGAGCAUGUCAAAUCAUUAAUAUAAUCUUGGAUAACCUCGUUGGAGUUGACAUUAGUAUAUUAUUAUGCGAAAAUCUAGAAAGAUAUUUACUGCAGCGUUUGAGGGAUCCCAAAAACGUCGUAAGGCAGCAGGCCAUCAUAGCCUUAUAUCGACUACAAGAGCCUGGUAAUCCCGAAGAUGAAAUAUUGUCAGAAUUCAUACGUUUAAUGAAUUCAGAUACUUUUCCAAAGGUGAGGCAGUUGUGUGUUGAAAAAGUAGCUGUUAGAUCAGACGUUAUCGCUUAUAUGCUCAUAAGGAUUCGAGAUAAUGAUCCAAAAGUUCGUGUAGCUGCUUAUAAGAGAUUGUCUGGGUUCCCAAAGUUUUUAAAGAUCUCAGAAAAGCAACAAGUUCUUUGUUCUGGAUUUUUCGAUAAAUGUGAAGAAGUAAACGAGUUUGUCAAAUCAACACUAAUUAAAUCUUGGUUGGAUUUUUACGAUAACAAUAUACUAAAAUUUAUGAAGUCCUUGAGGUUGGAUGCCGACGAAAAGGACAUCAAAGACACGGUUGAAAUAUUCGAGAAAGUGUUAGGGGUGAUAUUUGAGAAUACAAAUAGAAGUACUUUAACAGAAACUCUACCUUUGGAUAAUAAACAUUUAGUACCUUUUGAGGAGUUAAACUGGGAGGUGGCUAGUUUCUGGAGGAUAUAUGUGCAAUAUUUAAGUCGCAAUACAGAUUUUGGAGAGGAACUGGAAAAUGUAGUACCAGAGUUGAUUUAUCUUUGUAAAUAUAUAAAGCAAUUUUAUGUAGAUAUGCCCAGAGAGGUAACAACUGUAGAGUUUCUGGAACAGCAAUUCAUAAUCAAACAGCUAUUUCUGAUGACUAAAUGUUUAGACGUCGGUGACGUAACUACUAGAGAAUGUUUGAAUAAACUAAUUGUCAACAUUUUGGAGAAUGUCGUGCUGACGAGAGAUGUCGUCCAAGUGAUAGUAAGCAACCUAGAAAUAACAAAACCGAAUCCUGAAGUAAUGACUCAGUUUGUUAGUGAAAUUAUUUCGGAAAUAAGGUAUCCAAUGGAUAAUGAGGAAGCGGAGAGAAAUCAAAAGGAGAGAGAUUUUAAGGUUUCACAAUUGACAGUUAAAAUAAUCGAGCAAAAGUCAAAACAAGAAGUUGCCGUAGAAAACCAAAACUUCAUAGAGGCAGAACGCUUGAAGCAAGAAAUAAGCAUUCUAUCAACGGAAUUAACCGAAUUGAAAAACGCUCAAACCGAACAGGAACGACAAGCACACCACGUUGAGAAGAAAACAGAUCUCUUCACGAUUAUUAAAUGUUUGGAUAUCGCCUAUGCCGUUCUUUGCUCCACCAAGGUGACUCAAUUAACAACAGCUCUGAGAACGUUAAAGGAGGAUUUUAUUCAAGAACUGCUUAUUCAUGAACACGAUUCAGUACGGGUCAAAGCUUUUGAAUGUUAUGGCUUGUGCAGCAUUGUGGAUAAGAAAACUGCAGAGAUUGGUAUUCACGUAUUCUCCAGACCGAUAUUUGCUUAUCGAAAUGGGGAAGAAUGCGACAUACAAACAUUGUUAAUAUGUAUAGCGGCGGUUGUUGACUUAUUGAGAAUAUACGGGCCUCAAUUAAUGGCUUCUCCUGCGAUUGAACAAGUACAAUCAGACAGUAUGACAGAACAACAAGAAGCAAUUUUUUUAGGAGGUACAUCGUUGACUGAUAUUAUUCAAGGAUUAGUGGAUCUUUUGAAUGAUGACCAAUACGAUAUACAAGAGCAGGCUGGACGUGGCUUGUGCCAACUAGUACUUAGUAACAGAAUCAUUUCAGAUUCUUUGAUCGCUAGGCUGAUACUUAAAUGGUGUAACCCAGCUAGAGAUAAUGAAAGCAACAGCCUGAAACAAAUUAUUGGCUUUACUUUACAAACUUUACCAUUAAUACCAGAUUGUAUGCAACUGAUGAUAGAUUCCGUUUUCAUAACAAUAGAGACUAUACACGGCGCGCCUCAUGAAAGUCCUCUUGCUGAUGUCAGUAUCGAGAGCAUUGCAAAAUUCUUGUUGGCACUAUGUAAAGUAUCACCAGAUGCAGAUCAUAUCCACAACAAAAUAGCAGAAAGAAUAUUUAAGAAGAUUAUUGACAAACCAGAAGAAAAAAUAAACGGAUUGUUCAGUAAAAUGCUUUUAUUAUUAGAUAUCCCCAACGGAAGAACAUGCAUUGAUGACUUUCUUAAGAACUGUGAUGAUGUUCGUGAUAUAAUUAAAGAAAAACUUAUAAUCAACAAUAUCAUAAAGUUUACUGCGAAACUAAAUUCAGUAGCGCUAGAUCUACAGCAUACGGAUACAAAUCAAGAAAUUACGAAUAGAACCAGAAUAACACAGCAAACUAUUAUGGAAGCAGAUGAAGACGCAGAAGAGUUGUUAUGAUUAAGAAUUUUUUUGGAAGUUUUUUUUAUGUGUAUACACUGAAUGAGUUGUGAUGGUAUCUUUAUGUAUAAUAUAUUUUAUGAUAAUUUAUCUUUAAAUACUUAUGUUCAAUUAAGUUCAUUUUUUAAAUAGGAGGAGUAAACUCAAAGACAAAUUCACAUCCGAUAAUGUCACUAUUAGAAAAAUAGCCAGAUUCAUCUUCUUUUUUGGUUGACUAAGUCGGUCUUCGACGGCAAUCCAUAGAUAUUAUAUUAUACUAAUACAUCGCUAAGAGUUCUAAAAACAACUGUUUUUUUAUAUAAAUGCAGACUAAAAAUCUAAAAAUUAAAGGAAUACUUAAUUAACCAAUGAAUUUUAACUGUCAUUAGUGUCCAAAUUUGAUAAAUGCCAAUAGUGUCAAAAUUUUAUAAUUUAGUGGAGUAAAUUUCAGACAUAAUAAUAGCCCAAUAAAUGACCGUUUUGGAGUGUAAUUUUCAGGGGCAGCUCCGAAUUGCAUGAAAAUUUGGAUUUAGGUUCUACUUAUACCCUCCACUUCAAAGUUGAAUUUGUGCCGUUGGUUGCUUUUACUUGGGGGGUGACAGUCACCCCUUCUAGGGGGUGAAAAACGCGUGUUUAAAAUAAGCCCGGAAAUGGAAAAAUUUACAGAUUAUAAGCAACUUUCGCUGUAUAAAGUUUUUUACUUAAGUCAAUACUUUUCGAGUUAUUCGCGAUUGAAAAUGUUGAUUUUUCGACAAAAAAACUACGUUUUCAGACCGUUUUUCACAAAUAAUUCAAAAAGUAAAUAUUUUAUCAAAAAAAAUAUUCUUAGCAAAAGUAUAGCUUAUAAAAAAACGAAAAAAAAAAUGGUGUGUCAGUAAAGUCUGUAAAUUGAAUAAAAGCAACGUUGUAGCUCAUGAAAAAUACGUUCUUAUUCGUCUAAUUCCAAAUCUAAUAAUUCAACGCGAAAUCACCAAAAAAUUAAGCACUUUUCGGGAAAACCUUAUUAACAUUUUUAAAGUAUCUAAAAAAAGCUUUAUAUUUGUUUUUUUUUUUACAAAAGUUUCUAGCAUAAAAAAUAAACGAGUUACACCGAAAAAAAAGUUGGCUCUUUUUUUUGAUAAAAAAAAAAUCGUGAAAAUCCCCCUUUAUUUUAGCACCUAAAUAAAAUUAAUCGUUACCACUUUACCAUUUAUUUUAACUGUAUGUGUAUUUUUUAUAUGAUCUGUAAGUUUGAUUGGUUUGAACUGCUCAUUUUUAAAAAAAUGUGGUUUUAUAGUAAAAAAAAAAAAAAAUUUCUAAAAAUUUUUGAAAAAUUUCCUAUUUUCAAAAUAACUUAAAAAGUAUUAGUGAUAAGAAAAGUCUUAAAGAGUAAAAAAAUGUAGGCUUGUUUGCUUGUUUGAAAAUGUUUGCUAUUAUAAAUAUGCUGGUUCACGGUAGAUACACUCGUGAUUAGUGACCCGUUCAAGCUUUUUAAACUAUAAACCUUUCAAAAAAAAGCACUUUAAACCGGUGAGACUUACAGAUCAUAUAAAAAACAGAUAAGUAAGUAAAUUGUUUGUAAAGCGGUAACGAUUAAUUUCAUUUGGGGAGCUAAACACGGGGAGAUUUUCAUGAUUUUUUACCAAAAAAAAAAAAGACGGCCAACUUUAUUUUGAGUGUAACUCGCUUAUUUUUAGUGCUAAAAAAGUUUAAAAACAAUUAAAAUAAAGCUUUUUAUAAACAAUUUUGAAUGGGUUUUUCCCGAAAAGUGCUUAAUUUUUCAGUGAUUUCACCUUGAAAUAUUCGAUUUGGAAUUAGACGAAUAAGAACGUAUUUUUCAUGAGCUACAACUUUGUUUUUAUUUGAUUGACAGACUUUACUAAUACACCAUUUUUUGUUUGUUUGUUAUAAGCUACAUUUUUGCUAAGGACAUUUUUUUCGAUCAAAUAUUUACUUUUUGAGUUAUUUGCGAAAAAACGUCUGAAAACGUAGUGUUUUUGUCGAAAAAUAAACAUUUUCAAUCGCAAAUAACUCGAAAAGUAUUGACUUACAUAAAAAACUCUAUAGAACAAAAGUUGCUUAAAAUCAGUCAAUUUAUCCAUUUCCGGUCUUAUCGUGAACAAAUGUUUUUUCACCCCCGAGAAGGGGUGACUGUCACCCCACAAGUAAAAGCAAUCAACGGCACAAUUUCAACUUUGAAGUGGAGGGUAAGUAGAACCUAAAUCCAAACUUUCAUGCAAUUCGGAGUUGUCCCUGAAAAUUACACGGUGUCGCGGUAUUUCCCGUUCAUUUACUGGGCUAUAAAGGGUAGGGGUAGACCAGGCAAGUUAUGAUCCGCUCUGUGUAUUGGCUGUGAGUUUCGACGGUAGCGCUAUCUCGCGGUUUGAAACUUAUACUUUUCUGAUAAAAUUUAUGUAUGUGAAAUAUACAAAACGAGAAAAAUAGAUACUUAUCUAGAAAGACACAAAUUAUGAACUGAAAUAUUAUUGUAACCUGAUUACUAAACGAAUACACAGAAUUAAUAGUAAAAUUAAUUAUGUUUUUUUAUGUUAUUCAUUAUAAUUUUAAUAUUUAAUAUAUAAGUUCGUGCGACUGCAUGACUGCUUACGCAAGAGACCAUUGAGAAAAAGAAUAAGUUUAUAUGAAUUAUUUAACAUUUUAAAGGUUACCUCUGUUUAUUUUUGUGUGCUUACUGGUAAUUUGUAUGAAUUGUAAUUUGUUUGAAUUCUAUCAAAAUGGAUAUUAAACAUUAUACUGGAUUCAAAUCUUAUUUCCCAUGAUAUCCAAUUUCAAUCAGCAACACCAAAAAAGGGAAGGAUUUAGUUGAUACAGGACAUGUACGCAAUGUUUCCGAAUAUAAUAACUGCAUCCAGUACUGUUAUAUUCAAUAUUUUUACAUGAAUCAAUACAAGAGCUGCAAUAUCUUGUUUUCUUUUUUGAAAAAUCCAUAUUACCCGCCAUUUCAGUUUGUGAAGUUUAUCAAAUGCACAAAACAAAACUGCCAACAGCCACUAACACAGCGUUGCCACAUUUUAUUUAGAAAAUCUACUGUAAGUUUAGCUUACUAUUAUAAAAUCUACUUAUCAAAAACUAAAAUAUACUAUAUAACUUUAUUAAUAUAUUUGUAUAUAAUUUAGGACUUUUUAUAAUAAAAAUAACAGCUGACUAACUAGAAAUUUUUUUUAUUUAGCUAAUGCCUCGACAACUAAUGGGCAUUGGCAUGGUGAUGGUACAGUGGAUUUUACCAUAGGUAGCUAGUGUUAUGUGUAGUGUGUGUGUUGAGUAAGUGUCUUGUUACUUUGCAAAGUCGAUGUCAUUGUCUUUGCAGAGACGCUAAUUAUAUCCGAACGUCUGCGGUCCCUCCGGUGGGUACCGAUCACACAAGGAUAGAAACUAUUUUCAUUUAUUAAUUUAUAAUAAACGAAAAAUUCUCUACCCUGGUGAGAUUCGAGUUCACGACCAUUCGGACCUUCCGAUCCAAAGGUAGGCGCUCUUACCACUGAGCCACAGAGGGAGUUUAACUAGAAAUUAAUACGACUGUUUGUAAACAAAAACCAAACUUUUUUUAUAUUUUAACUGGGGAACAAAAUGACCAACUAUAAUUAAUUUUUAUCAGUUUCAUAUUUAAUAUUUGUAUAUAAUAUUUUGUCAUCCACUGAUUUUAACAUCUGCAUGUCUGGAUCACAUUCUUCAAACAAUUAUUUCGCAUUUUACAUUAGAAACACGCAAACACAACAUUUGUUGUUUUGCAAAUAUUUUAGUUUUCCAUCGUUAGCUUCUAAAGGCCGCGUCUCACCAUCAAAUAAUUUGAUCAAACAGUUUGAGCAAACUCCGGAAGUACGUCAAAGUGACGUCACAAUUGCAGUUUUUUUGAAAUUCUAAAAAUCUGUGCUCUCACUAUCAGUCUAGUUUGAUCAAACUUUUUGUAUUGAGUUGUCCAACUUGUUUGUACUUUAUUUAAAAUUAAAAUUUUUCAUCAGGAUGUGACGUCACUAACUGUCACUUUCAGUUUGCUCAAACCAGUUUGAUCAAAUUAUUUGAUGGUGGGACGCGGCCUUAGCAGGUUCACCGAAUACCAGAACUCUUCAAUAACACCUGAAAUAGGUACUGAUUGCACUGCUACUUGAAAUCUGCAAGUUUGUUACACCAGAAUCCAGUUUCAUUUCUGUUUAAUAUUCAUCAUCUACGUCCUGGGGCUAGAUUACGUGCACUGUAAUAUCUACACUUCGCUUUCUAUCGAUGUCAAUUGUCGUGAAAAUAUUUGAAUUUUUAGCUUUAAUUGAAUUAUUUUCUAGUUUUGCUAGUUGAUGCUGAAGUGACACUUAGCAAAACAAGAAAAUAUUUGAAUUAAAACUAAAAAUUCAAAUAUAUUGACAUUGAUAGAAAGCGGUCGGCGGUGUUAGCGAUUGUACACAGAAUCCCACCCCUGAAUCUUAUUUUCGGUAAUGACAUUGGGAAAUUGUAACAAAAUGUCUAAAAAUUAAUUUAGAAAUGGGGUAAAUACUAUUAAAAAGCAAAUUUUAUUUUAGUCAUAAAAAAAUGUUGAAAUAUACCAAAAAUCUUCUAAAAAAUAUUGCCUACUAGAAUUUUUUUAAAAAUUUUCAAAAAUCUACCAAAAAAGUAGAAAUCUACUAAAUGUGGCAACGCUGCACUACCAGCGCUGGUGAAAACCGUCAAAUCCCCUCUCCUCUACCCAUGGCGCGCCAUUUAAAUUUAUCAGAUAAAUGCACAAAACUGCCACUAACAGCGCUGGCGAAAGCUGUCAAAUCUCCUCUACCCAUCGGCUCAUGGCCAAUUGAGGUGUAACGCCAAUAUCAAUGAACAAUAUUCACUUUGAGUGGUCUAGCCAUCUUUGUCUGUCACAUUCGCGGGAUCGCUUUGUAAAAAGAGACAGACAGACCACCGAUCGACCGCCGGCGCGUUACGCUUUUUUGCUCAGUAUGCCUUGUCUAUGGUAAAUUUGCCUGUGGUUGGACCAAUUACAAACAAGCAUUACGACGCGGUAAAUUUGAAUUACUCCUUCUAUUUAAAAAACGAGGUAUAGCAAGUUUAAUUGCUCAAUCCAUUAUUCAAGACUUAAUAAGAGAAUUAUAUUGGUCAUUUGGCCACCUUCACAAA